UAUUACAGCAGUGAGGACACUGUGUUUGGUUUGGUAAUACAACUACUGAACACCUCACAAUGUCUUCCAGCGGUGGCAUUCAGAUACCCAGUCGUUUACCUUUGUUAUUAACACAUGAAGGGGUUUUACUGCCCGGGUCGACGAUGAGAAUUAGCGUGAACUCAGCGAGGAACAUGAACCUGGUGAAGAGCAGACUGCUGAAGGGGACUUCGCUCAAGAGCACUAUUAUAGGAGUGAUUCCUAACACCAGAGACCCUGACCAGGACAACCAGGAGCUUCCCACUUUACACAGCAUCGGCACAGCUGGACUGGCGGUUCAGGUAGUGGGCAGUAACUGGCCAAAGCCACACUACACUUUACUCAUCACCGGUCUGUGCCGCUUUCGGGUUGCUGAGCUGUUGAGGGAGAGACCGUUUCCUGUGGCUGUGGUGGAGCAGCUGGACAGGCUGGAGCAGUACACAGAGGGAGGAGAGCUGGACGGAGAGCUGGGUGAACUGUCGCAGAGCUUCUAUCAGGCUGCAGUGCAGUUGGUGGGGAUGCUUGACAUGUCGGUCCCUGUAGUGGCGAAGUUGAGGAAACUGCUCGACAGUCUGCCUAGAGAGACUCUGCCUGAUGUGCUUGCCUCUAUGAUCCGCACCUCCAACACCGAGAAGCUCCAGGUGCUAGAUGCAGUAGAUUUGCAGGAGCGCUUUAAGAAAACUCUCCCUUUGCUCACCAGACAAAUCGAUGGGCUCAAACUGCUCCAGAAGACUCGCAAACCCAGACCUGAUGAUGAAAAGAGGGUGCUGGUUAUCCGCAAAGGUGGCGUGUUCCCCGGGCGCCAGUUCUCUCUCGAUGAAGAGGGUGAGGAUGAGGACGGGGACGAUAUUGUUGUACUGGAAAGGAAGGUGAAGGAUGCAGGCAUGUCAGAGUCAGCACUACGUGUUUGCCUGAAGGAGCUCAAACGUCUGAAGAAGAUGCCUCAGUCAAUGCCCGAAUAUGCUCUUACACGCAACUACCUGGAGCUCAUGGUGGAGCUACCGUGGAAUAAGAGCACCAAAGACUGCCUGGACAUCCGGGCUGCCCGGGUGCUGCUGGAUAACGAUCAUUACGCCAUGGAGAAGCUUAAAAAACGCGUUCUGGAGUACUUGGCUGUACGGCAGCUCAAGAGCUCACUUAAAGGCCCCAUCCUGUGCUUUGUGGGGCCUCCAGGUGUGGGCAAAACCAGCGUUGGGCGCUCCAUUGCUCGCACUUUGGGCAGGGAGUUCCACCGCAUCGCCCUGGGAGGAGUGUGUGACCAGUCAGACAUCCGGGGCCACAGACGCACCUACGUGGGCAGCAUGCCCGGCCGCAUCAUCAACGGACUUAAGACUGUUAGCGUUAACAAUCCUGUGUUUUUGUUGGAUGAAGUGGAUAAGUUGGGCAAGAGUCUGCAAGGUGACCCUGCCGCUGCCCUGCUGGAGGUUUUGGACCCGGAGCAGAACCACAGCUUCACUGACCACUACCUUAACGUGUCCUUUGAUCUGUCCCAAGUGCUCUUCAUUGCUACCGCAAACACCACAGCGACCAUCCCCCCUGCACUAUUGGACAGAAUGGAGGUCCUGCAUGUACCAGGGUACACCCAGGAGGAGAAAGUGGAAAUCGCUCAUCGACACCUGAUCCCCCAUCAGCUGGAGCAGCAUGGCCUCACCCCUCAGCAGCUUCAGAUCCCUCAAGACACCACACAGGCGAUAAUCAGCAAGUACACUCGUGAGGCAGGUGUACGCUCUUUGGAGAGAAAGAUUGGGGCCAUCUGUCGAGCGGUGGCUGUGAAGGUGGCAGAAGGUCACAAGAUGUCAAGCUCAGAGUCAUCCAGUGAAUCUGGAGCAGAUCAGAAUCAUGUGGGGAAAAAAGAAGACUCUGGUAUAGCUGCUCCUCCAGAGAUGCCCAUCGUCAUCGACCAAGCUGCACUAAAGGAUAUCCUGGGGCCGCAGCUCUUCGAGAUGGAGGUUUCAGAGCGUUUGACUCUGCCAGGUGUGGCUAUCGGCCUGGCCUGGACUCCGCUCGGCGGGGAGAUCAUGUUCGUGGAGGCCAGUCGCAUGGAGGGUGACGGCCAGCUUACGUUAACCGGCCAGUUGGGCGACGUCAUGAAGGAGUCAGCUCACCUGGCUAUCAGCUGGCUCCGCAGCAACGCCAAGAUCUACCAGCUAACUAACAUUGCAGGCUGUCCUGACCCUCUAGAAGGCAACGAUAUCCACUUGCACUUCCCAGCAGGUGCAGUCAUUAAGGACGGACCCUCAGCCGGGGUCACUAUAGUAACGUGUCUCGCCUCUCUGUUCAGCGGGCGUCUGGUGCGCUCGGAUGUUGCCAUGACUGGAGAGAUCACUCUGAGAGGACUGGUGCUGCCGGUGGGAGGUAUUAAGGAUAAAGUCCUGGCAGCUCACCGUGCUGGUCUCAAGCGGCUCAUCCUCCCCAAACGAAACGAGAAGGAUCUGGAAGAGAUUCCAGCUCAUAUCCGUGCAGUACUGGACUUUGUUCUAGCCAGCACUUUGGAUGAAGUUCUCAACGCUGCUUUUGAUGGUGGAUUCCCCACUGCCAGUAUCACACAUCCACAGAUUAGCAGCAAGCUCUGAAUUCUCUCACCUAACUCAACAGCUGUAUCUGAUAGAAAUUAGAAGCACUUAAGUUAACAGGUUUAGCUCAUAUAUUUGCCAGUAAAACACACAAUAAAAACAAGAUUGGAACAGAUAUCUUCAUGUGAGCUUGAGAAUACCAAUAGUUGCUAUUAAUAAGGUAUUAAAUAAUAAUAUUUUAUUAAUUUCCACACUGAUAAUGAAAACAGGUGUUAUUGCUACUAAUAAGAGGUACUCUUUAAAUGUUUGGCGGGCCUACAGAAAUGCCUACUGACUUGUAAUUGUAUUGUUUAAUAAUAUGAAUAAUAAAACUAAGCACUUAUAUGAACAAUCACUGAAAUAGUAAAAUAAUAAAAGACAAAAUAUAGUUUAUAAA